AUGUCGGAUGUGAAGGACAGUACAACGAAUUUGACUGCGGGAACCGGGGAUGCUAUGUCUGCAUUCUAUGACGAGAUUGCUUCGAUUCAAGAUAGCAUCAAGGCGCUCAAUGACAGUGUCUCGCGGAUAUCAGACCUGCAUUCGCGUUCACUCAACAAUAUGGAUGACAAUGCUGCGCAACGGAACGCGCAGCAGCUUGACGAGCUGGUCGCGGACACGAGCUCACUGAGCAGCAUGCUCAAGAGGAGAAUCAAAGCACUCGAACGCCAGGGUGGGUCUGGGCGUGAUGCCCAAAUCAGGAAGCAACAGACCGGGCUAGUCAAGUCAAAGUUUAUGGAGGCGAUCCAGAGCUAUCAACAGGUAGAGCAACAAUUCCGGCAAAAACACAAGCAGAGAAUGGAGCGCCAGUACAAAAUAGUGAAACCGGAUGCUACACCGGAGGAGGUCAAGGCUGUCAUUGAGGAUGACCAGGGCGGCCAAAUAUUCUCUCAAGCCCUUAUGAACUCGCGUUUGGGCGAGUCUCGUGCAGCUUAUCGCGAAGUUCAAGAACGACAUGCCGAUAUCAAGCGUAUUGAGAAAACCCUCGCAGAGCUUGCACAGUUGUUCAACGACAUGAGCAUUCUCGUGGAGCAGCAGGACGAGACAAUCAAUGUUAUCGAGGCGCAGGCAGCAACGGUCGAAAAGGACGUCGAAGCUGGUCUCGGCUACACGGAGAAGGCCGUGGAUUCUGCUCGUGCAGCACGCAAGAAGCGAUGGAUCUGUUUCUUCAUCAUCCUCAUCAUCCUCAUCAUCAUCGCUAUCGUCGUUGCCGUUGUGGUCGUCCAGAACAUCAACAAGAAUAAGAACAAGUAG